AUGACUUCCGAAACCUUCGACCAAAACAGAGCGUACCCGCUGGUUGUCAACAACUGUCCAAGGAGGUGUGCGAGCAAGCCAACUGACUCCGAGUCUUCAGACCAACCUACAGGCCGCCUCAAUGCAUUACAGAGGACCAAAAACACCGAGGAGACCAUGGAUGUACAGGACUUGUUUAGUAGUUGCAGAAAGGGCGACAUUUGUAGAGUCAGAUACCUUGUUGAACAAAGAGACAUGGAUCUCAAUGUGAGGGACAAGUGGGACAGCACCCCUUUGUAUUACGCCUGCCUCUGUGGUCAUGAAGAGCUGGUCCAGUACCUGUUGGCUAGUGGUGCCAAGUGUGAAGCCAACACGUUCGAUGGGGAGCGUUGUGUGUAUGGCUCCCUGAGUGACUCUAUCAGACGCCUGCUCAAAGAUUAUAAGUGUGUCAGCAUCCGUGCCAUGCAGCGCAAUGAUUUUAACUACUUCCUGCACAUGAUUCUUGAGCAGGGUCAGCACAGUGAUGUCAAGUUCCUGGUUCACGGACAAACUUUUCUGGCCCACCGAUGUAUUCUCAGCGCACGCUCAGAGUACUUUACAGAAAUGUUUGAGACUAAAUGGAAAGGAAAGAACCUCAUCACACUCAAGCAUCCACUGAUUAAUCCUGCAGCUUUUGGAGCCAUCCUGCAAUAUUUCUAUACAGGAAGAAUGGACAUUGAUAUAAGUCUUUUGGAGGACAGUAGAAGACUUGCAAAGCAGUGCAAAAUGGCAGAUCUUAUCGAAGAGCUGGAGAAUAAAUGUAAACAAGUGUACGAGUUUGUGUCCAACAAGCCGGGAAUCUGUGUUAAAGUUCUCAGCCUGGAGCCUCAGACCUGCCAGCUGCAGGAUGACAUGGCUCAGUUAGCAGACUGCGCUUUGCCCACCGAACUAAGAGUUGGAUUUGGUGAACUGCCCUUUAACAGGGUCGACCGUUUCCCCACAUAUCCCGACAUCUGCUUUAGAGUGGAUGGUUAUGAUUUUUUAUGCCAUAAGGCGUUUUUCGGCGGACGUAGUGAUUAUUUUAAAGCGUUGCUGGAGGACCACUUUAGCGAGGGAGAGCAGCUGCAGUCUCAACCAAGCACCCCAGUGAUAACCUUACACAACAUCUCCCAUGAAAUCUUCAUCCACAUCAUGUACUUCAUCUACACUGAUGACACAGAGUUGACGAUGGAGAGCGUGUUUGAUGUGCUGUGUGUGGCUGACAUGUAUCUGCUGCCGGGGCUGAAGCGACUCUGUGGGAAGACGCUUGCUAAGACUAUUUGCGAGGACAACGUCCUGCACAUGUGGAAGACGGCCAAGCUUUUCCGUCUCUCUCGGCUGGAGGAUCAGUGCACAGAGUUCAUGGCCAAGAUAAUCGAGCGGCUGGUGGAGCAGGCUGAGUUUGCCGACAUCGUCAAGGAGGACGCCGAAUCACUUGAGGAGCGACACGAGACGGACUCUGUCCCUCUGGUGGACGAAAUCCGCUACCACAUCGCCAGCAACGUGCAGACAUACAGCGCGAUCGAAGAGGCCAAUCAGAAACUGGAGGCUUUGGAGGAGCUGCUCUCCAGCAUUAAUAUUGAUUGUUAAGGUGUCAUGUUUUCUUUGCAGCUGCUAAGAGCUGAGAAGUAAAAACAUAGGCAAAGGUAUGUUACUUUUAUUUGCAGUGCAUGGCACAGAGUAUACUGCAUCAGAGAGCUGGUUCUGAUGUUACAAGCGUAUAUUCGGAGACAGCUGUUGGCUGAUUAAACCCUCUUAAAGAGACAUACAAAAUUACAAAAGGUAUUUGUAUAAAUAUACAAAGAGAAACUGUCCUCCUGCUCUACCAGUUGGAUUGAAGAUAAUUGCAUUGAAUUUAUUGCGUAUCUGGAACGCAAGAUUUGCAUUGAAUAUGCAAAAAAAAUAUUUUAGACAUUAGUAAUAGCUGCCAAUUGACUCUUUCUGAUAUGUCUGUUCCUUAAAAAUUAGCAGUUUAAACCUGCUUUAUUUAAGUAUGUGUUCAAUGUAACUUCAUGUAAUUUAUUAUUGUGUCUGGGGGGGAAGCUAAACAGAGUUUUGGUUCCCCAAAUUUAUUUAGAUGGUUGUCUGCUUCCUGAUUUGAAGUCACACAAAAACAUAGUCAGAUUGGAUUUUGCAGUUCUCAUUGACCCUCUCUUUGUAGGACCAACAAUCCUCCAGUGCACUUUGUUCAAACCUAAAAUAGAUUUUUCUGCAAACCUGUUUGCUACAUGUGUGUCGUGGAGCAUGCAGUUGUCAGCGCUGUUGUCCACCUGCUGUCUCACAUUUGCUUACUCCCACUGUCAUCAGAAAUAGAAAAGUAGUUGCUCCUAAUUUUAACAUUAAAUGUGUGAUUGCAAGAAUAUGUGGUGUUCGUUCAACUUUUGGUCUGGUCUAAACCUCAACAAAUUUGACUGUUUCUGAUAUUGUAUCUUUAGCAGUGCUGCUACCACCAGAGAUGAUGUAAUCUGUGCCCAAUCCCUGUUGCUCAAACGUGUCUGUAAUAGCUUUUCAUUAGUUUGAUCUGAAGUUUGACUUCUCAACUUGUGCUGGUCAAAACUCCCACCUGUCCAACUUUUGGAUUCAUGACAUUCACUUCAACUGAAAGAACACUAAAAAUACCCAAAUAAAGUACUUAUUUUGGAAAUCUCACAUUUUUGGACAAACUUUCUAGCCAAAUGGCACAGAUUGUUAAGUUUCAACUUGCUUGUUUUCCUCUGCUUUUUACCUGUGCCUUCUGCUGAGUGACUUUGUUGAUGUGACAGCACAGCCUUAUGGUGGUCUUCUACCUUAUAUAAAUUAGAAUAUCCAAGAAAAAAUGUACUGUAGGUUUUAUUCGCAGAAUUUUUAAAAAUGAAUCAGCUGAAGA